GGAUGGACACGUAGGAUAACAUGCCGGGGAUGGACACGUAGGAUAACAUGCCGGGGAUGGACACAUAGGAUAACAUGCCGGGGAUGGACACAUAGGAUAACAUGCCGGGGAUGGACACGUAGGAUAACAUGCCGGGGAUGGACACGUAGGAUAACAUGCCGGGGAUGGACACAUAGGAUAACAUGCCGGGGAUGGACACAUAGGAUGACAUGCCGGGAUGGACACAUAGGAUAACAUGCCGGGGAUGGACACAUAUGAUAACAUGCCGGGGAUGGACACAUAGGAUAACAUGCCGGGGAUGGACACGUAGGAUAACAUGCCGGGGAUG